UUUUGGCCAGGAAAAAUGCUUUUGAAUGAUACAUUGUUCAAGAUAUUUUUAUGGGACAAAGUUUUAAAUUGUAAUUAGGCAAACUUAUGCCAUUUCUUUAUAAAAAAUUAUUGUGGUGAAGCUGGACUUAUAUAAAAUAUAUUUUUGGGCUAGAUUUUAAUACUGGAAAGUUUUAAUGGGCAAUUACAAAUUUUACUACAAUUUCAAGAUCUGCAAAGCCUUGCAAAACUACUGUUUAGAUAUUAUUACUCAAGUGGACAAGCCUGGCAUGUUAAUGUUUGUCUAGCCUGUCUAGGCCCAAUAAAAAAAUCCUAAUUUUGGAAUGCACUAAAAUGGAUAUCAAAAAUCUGAAUGAACCCUUAGAUAUAGAAAAGGAAUUCGAUAACGAAAUUCAUACACUUAAAGAGACUAACAAAAGAGAGAGAAGAUUCCAAAAUGUAAAGACGAAAUGCAAAAAUUGUAUUUUCAUUAGUAUACAAUUACCAGAACCAUAUACAUUAAUAAAUGACAUAUUUGAUGAUAUUCGACAAAAUCAAAACAUUAAAUCAAGAUACAUACAAAGAAUUAUACCAGUUGAAAUCACUUGUAAAGCUUAUUUGAAGGAUAUAGCUAUAGCUGUGGAACAUUACAUCCCAACCUACUUUCCAGAGGAAUUAAAACCCAACAAUGCUUUCCUUAUCAACAUAAAGAUUCGUAAUAACAAUAGCUUAAAUCGCGAUGACAUAAUCAGAGAAAUUACGAAGUUGAUUCACCGACAAAAUCCCAAUUAUAAAGCCGACCUAGAAAAUCCUGACAUUUCUAUUCUAGUCGAAGUGUUAUGCACUACAUGCGGGCUGUCGUUUGUUGACAAUUUUUUCAAGUUCAAGAGAUUCAACAUGCUACAAUACUCAAACUUCAUUAAUCAAACUUUAAAAAAAACGACUACAGUUGAUGAUAGUUGAUUUAUUUACAAAUUUCGUUACACGUGGAUUAUAAUGAUAUCAAUAAACUAUUUAUAAUUAAUAAAAAAAUAUAU